AACAGCAGUGGGUUUGGAUUUAUUGGUCUACUAUGAGUCAACAGCAGUGGGUUAAAUGGAAAGCCAAGUUUAAUGGUAAUUAGAAUAGUAUGAUUUGUUCAGAUAAAGGUUUUUUUUUUAUAGCUACUAUUUGUUGUUUACUGUGUGUCGGAUAAAUAUUUUGUUCUCUCAGUCCUUCCAACAAUUCAAGAAGUUGGUAGGAUGUUCCCUAUUUUACAGAUGUGUACAGAAUUUAAAAUAUUUGCUCAAAUUAUACAGCCACACUAUGUGAUAGAGGUAGAGUUCAAACCUGUCUUUCCGAAACCCAUGGUUUUAACCGUGAUUAUGCUUUAUUAACUCCAAAUGGGAUUUUCAGAAUUCUUUUGUAAAUGUUGUUGUUGUUACGUGCCACUGAGUCGGUUCCAACCCAUACUGACCCCACGCACAACAGAAUGAAACGCUGCCCGGUCCUGCGCCAUCUGCACAAUCACUAUGCUCCAGCGCAUUGUUGCAGCCACUGUGUCAGUCCAUCUCUUUGAGGGUCUUCUUGUUUUUCACUGACCCUCUACUUUACCAAGCAUGAUGUCCUUCUCCAGGAACUGAUCCCUCCGGAUAACCUGUCCAAAGUAUGUGAGACAUAGUCUCACCACCCUUGCUUCUAAGGAGCAUUCUGGUUUGUAAUUCUUCCAAGACAUUUUAAAUAUUAGUGAGAUAUAUUUUGGUCUUUACGGCCCCUAUUUUUAAGAAAAGGAAUGUAGUUUUGCAAACUGCCCUCAGACUUAUUGGGUAAAAUGGAUGGAUCUUUAUUCUAGUACUGAGAAGUGGUGUGUCACUACCCAUUCUUCACCACUAGAUGGUGGUAGAAAAUUUAAAAAAUGUGGAAGUCCAGAACAAGGGAAAAGUGACAAUUGCUUAUGGUAGUAGGACAAGCAGUCCGGAAAUUGGGAGCAAAGGGAACAAAUUCAUCACAUUAUUCUUUGAGAAAUAGCUUAUAAAAUAGAAAAAUAUUAGCUUCUUGUUUUCAUAUUAUUAAAAGUUGACAUUGUUCUGCUUAGUUUUCAGAUGCGUUAAGUGUUGUGAACAGACACUCGUUUGGAUUAUGUAUUUUUCAUCUAAACUAACUAAAUGUUAACGAUGGAUAAGUGCAAACACGUUGGGCAAUUGCGGCUUGCUCAAGAUCAUUCUAUACUCAACCCUCAGAAAUGGCACUGUGUGGACUGCAAUACAACUGAAUCCAUCUGGGCUUGCCUUAGCUGUUCCCACGUUGCCUGUGGAAGAUACAUUGAAGAGCAUGCUCUCAAGCACUUUCAAGAUAGCAGUCAUCCUGUUGCAUUGGAAGUGAAUGAGAUGUAUGUUUUUUGUUACUUUUGUGACGAUUAUGUUCUUAAUGAUAAUGCCACCGGAGACCUAAAAUUACUACGAAGUACAUUAAGUGCAAUCAAAAGUCAGAAUUAUCACUGCACCACUCGUAGUGGAAGAAUUUUACGGUCUGUGGGUACAAAUGAUGAUUCUUAUUUCUUAUAUGAUGGCACCCAAUCUCUGCUUCAAAGUGAAGAUCAAAUGUAUACUGCUCUUUGGCACAGGAGAAGGAUGCUAAUGGGUAAAAUCUUUCGAAUUUGGUUUGAACAGUUACCCAUUGGAAGAAAAAGACAAGAAGAACAAUUUCAGGAAAAAAUAGUAGCAAAAAGGGAAGUGAAGAAAAGACAGCAAGAAUUAGAGCAUCAAACCAAAGCAGAAUUGGAAAUUUUGCCUCCAAGAAAGAGUUUACGUUUGCAAGGUCUAGUUCAGUCCAGCACAGUAGAAAUAAUUCCUGUUCAAGUGCAGCCACAGACUCCAUCAUCACCAGCGAAAGAUAAAGUAGAAUCUACCUCAGAAUUUGUAAGAUAUAGAAAUGUCAAUGACUCUUCAAUUAAGCGAAGGCCGAUAGUAACUCCUGGUGUAACAGGACUGAGAAAUUUGGGAAAUACUUGCUAUAUGAAUUCCGUUCUUCAGGUUUUAAGUCAUUUACUUAUUUUUCGACAAUGUUUUUUAAAGCUUGAUCUGAACCAAUGGCUAGCUGUGACUGCUAGUGAUAAGACAAGAGCUUCUUAUAAGCCUCUACCAGUCACAGAUACUGUAUUUCAAAUAAAUGAAUACCAAGAAAAGGAUACAGGCUCUAUUUGCUUCCGACACCCAAGUUUAUCAUCAGGACUAAGUGGUGGAGCAUCAAUGAGUAGAAAGAUGGAACUCAUUCAGCCAAGGGAGUCAAGUUCACAGUCCAUUUCUCUUUGUCAUGAAUUGCAUACUUUGUUUCAAGUCAUGUGGUCUGGAAAGUGGGCCUUGGUCUCACCAUUUGCUAUGCUACACUCAGUAUGGAGGUUAAUCCCUUCCUUUCGGGGUUAUGCCCAACAAGAUGCUCAGGAAUUUCUCUGUGAACUUUUGGACAAAAUACAACAUGAACUAGAGACAACAGGUACCAGGUUACCUGCUCUUAUCCCUACUUCUCAAAGAAAACUUAUCAAACAGGUUCUGAAUGUUGUGAAUAACAUUUUUCAUGGACAACUUCUUAGUCAGGUUACAUGUCUUGCAUGUGAUAAUAAAUCGAAUACCAUAGAACCUUUCUGGGACUUGUCAUUGGAAUUUCCAGAAAGAUACCAGUGCAGUGGAAAAGAUACUGCUUCACAGCCAUGUCUGGUUACUGAAAUGUUGGCCAAAUUCACAGAAACUGAAGCUUUAGAAGGAAAAAUCUACAUAUGUGACCAGUGUAACUCAAAGCACAGAAAGUUUUCCUCAAAACCAGUUGUACUCACAGAGGCCCAGAAACAACUUAUGAUAUGCCACCUACCUCGGGUUCUCAGACUACACCUCAAACGAUUCAGGUGGUCAGGACGUAAUAACCGAGAAAAGAUUGGUGUUCAUGUUGGCUUUGAGGAAAUCUUAAACAUGGAGCCCUAUUGCUGCAGGGAGUCCCUGAAAUCCCUCAGACCAGAAUCCUUUAUCUAUGACUUAUCUGCUGUAGUAAUGCACCAUGGCAAAGGAUUUGGCUCAGGACACUACACUGCCUACUGCUACAAUUCUGAAGGAGGCUUCUGGGUACACUGCAAUGAUUCCAAGCUAAACAUGUGCACUAUGGAUGAAGUAUGCAAGGCCCAAGCUUAUAUCUUGUUUUACACCCAGCGAGUUACUGAGAAUGGACAUUCUAAACUCUUGCCUCCAGAACUCUUGUCUGGUAGCCAACAUCCCAUUGAAGAAGUUGAUACCUCUAAUAAUGAAAUAUUUAGUUGACCUAAAGACAGUGGGGCUUUCUUCUUGUGAUUUGUAUAUGUACUUUUUAAAGGGGCUAAAUGACAAUUUUGAGCUUCACUGUUUUUCUACGUAUGAAUCAGUGCACACUAUGUUUCUGCAUUUUGUAUCUAGCUACAACAAAGUUCUUUUUUACAGAGGCAAGGUUAAAGUUAGUAUAAAACGUGUAUCAACAGGAGGUAACUUUUCAAAGUACUUGGGAGUUUUAAACUUUUAGUGUUUACCUCAGACUGGUGUUAACCUCUUUUUAUAUUGUGGUGUCUCAAUUGGCUCAGAUCAUGAAUUUGUGCAAUUUUCUACAGAAGUUCAGAUUGCAUCGUUUUAUAAACAUUUGUUACAUAUUUAUCUUUUGUAACUAUUUUCUAUACCAAUUCUUAUUAGAUAGGAAAAUUAGACACUGUCUUCACUAAUACAGUCUUACCAAAAGAAAAAAAAAAAGCAUUUCUUUCAGGCCAUUUUUAUACUGAAGUCACCUUUGCCCCUUGAAGGGAGUUCAACCACUACAUUCAAAGUGUAAUAUGAAGGUAUCACCUAAAUAUUCAUCAGUCACAUUCACUGAUAAUCCAGAGGCUUUGUAUGUUUCAGGGCUCAGAAUAGACAUUGCCUUGGCUAAUUUAACUUCAUUUAAAAAAAAUUUAUCUGGCUAGUUUAACAUCAUUUUUUAAAAAUUACUAAGUUUUAAUAAUUGUUAUUUAUUCGGCAUAGUCAAACUGUAUCCAAAUGAAAAUGGCAGCUUUAUAAAUGGUAUAUUUAAGUGAACUUUGGUGCUAUGGACAUGAAAAAAUGAUGGCUGGUACUUAAUGAUGAUUUGUCUGGCAGCAAAUAGAUUUUGUCCAGAUUCUAAUAAAGCAGUCAUAUCAAAAAUCAGAAUUCUGCAAACAAUAUAUUAUGUCAUAUAAGUACAGUUUUUAAUUUUGAUAUGAGUUCAUUUUAUACAUUUAAGAUUAGCUCUCUUAAAGAAGCUUUGUGCCAUAU